AAGCAACAAGAGAGCUUUUGAGUAAAAUUAAGAGAACACGAGGGGCACAAAAUUAACGUCAGACAGACUACUGUUUAGGAGAAGAGAAACGCUUGAAGAAGGGCCUCUCGCUGGCAAAAUUGGCAAAUUGAAAACCUCCUUCAAUUAAUAAAAGGGCUGCCAAGUUAUGACUUUAAUUUCUAAAGCUAACUAGAUAUUCCUCCUCCUCGUAUAUGUAAAUUCUGUAUCCUGGCCAAUUGGGAUCGAUCUCCAAUAUGGAACCUCAAUCUCUGAAACUACAGUCUCCCUUCUCUUUACCGGUGGAUUCUGACAAUAAAGCUACUGAAUUCCGUCCACUCCAAAUAUCAUCCCCCCACAUGCGUGCCUUUCACCUCGCAUGGCUCUCUCUGUUUUCUUGCUUCUUCUCCACCUUCUCCAUCCCUCCACUUUUGCCCAUCAUCCGUGAUGACCUCAAACUCACUGAAACUGAUAUUGGCAACGCUGGCAUCGCCUCCUUUGUCGGUUCCAUAUUUUCACGCCUUGCCAUGGGACCUGCCUGCGACCUGAUGGGACCACGUCUUGCCUCCGCCACGCUCUCUCUCGCCACAGCCCCUAUUAUCAUGUCUGCUUCUUUAGUCACAUCUCCUACCUGUUUUAUUCUCAUUCGCUUCGGAGUAGGAUUUUCUUUAGCCAACUUCGUAGCCAGCCAGUUUUGGAUGACCUCCAUGUUCUCGCCAAGUGUUGUUGGGCUUGCCAAUGGAGUCUCCGCUGGUUGGGCUAACAUGGGAGCCGGCGUGGCACAACUAGUCAUGCCACAAAUAUACUAUCUCCUUAUCUCCCUGCUGGACCUACCUUUAUCCACUGCUUGGCGUGUCUCAUUUCUAAUCCCUGGACUCUUUCAAGCUGUAACAGCUAUAAUGGUAUUGGCUUAUGGCCAAGACCUUCCUUCAGGAAGCUACAAAGAUUUCAGGAAGGCAAUCAAAACGCCAAAAGAUAACUUCUCAGAAAUGCUUUAUAACGGGUUAACAAAUUACAGGGGAUGGAUUCUAGCUUUAACAUACGGCUACUGCUUUGGUUCAGAAUUGACAACUGAUAAUAUUAUUGCACACUACUUUUACGAUAGGUUUGGAGUGAAUCUUCAGGUUGCAGGGAUGAUCGCUGCGAGUGUUGGACUGGCGAAUUUGUUCUCAAGGCCAAUGGGUGGGGCGUUGUCCGAUAAGAUGGGGAGGAGUUUUGGGAUGAGAGGAAGACUUUGGGGCCUGUGGUUGGUGCAGACAGUGGCUGGCUUGCUAUGCGUGCUGCUUGGAAGAGUCACCUCGCUGUGGGGUUCCAUAGCUGUCCUCUGUAUUUUCUCUGUGUUUGUCCAAGCUGCUUCUGGGCUUACGUUCGGGGUUGUCCCUUUCGUUUCCAAAAGGUCGCUGGGAGUGAUAGCAGGGAUGACAGGAAGCGGGGGGACAGUAGGAGCAGUGGUGACGCAGAUGUUAUUGUUCUCGGGCUCCAGAUUCUCAAUGCAGACAAGCAUUUCUCUGAUGGGCAUCAUGAUGAUCAUCUGCACGCUCCCAGUCACCCUCAUCUACUUCCCUCGAUGGGGUGGCAUGUUUUUCGGUCCUUCCUGCAACACAAGCUCGUCUAGCCCUGAAGAAGAUUACCAUCUGCUUCACUCGGGAUCCGAUAAAAAAGAGAGUCUAUAAAAUGAGAAUAUAUACAUGUUAACUGAAACAUCAUGUAAAAAGUAUGUCCAUUGUGGUAAGAUUAAAGUAUUGUACAAUAUAUAUAUAUAUAUAUAUAUACAUAAGAUCUGAUAUUGUGAAUCAAUAGAGUGACUCCUGUGAGAGUCACAAGUAUAGGAUGAUCUCUUCCUAAAAGUUUCAUUAAAGUUUA